AACACCUGAGCGCUAUCAGUUCUUGCCAUUGUCACAACUCGUACAUACAUUUCCAGCCUCACGCCCGUCAAUCCUCAUCAUGAUGGCCCAACCACUCUUUGUUGAUCAGGCUGUAGACAAGCUAGCAGAAGAUUUAGCACUUUCUGAGCUCGAUUCCGCCACUGUCGAUACUUUACCGAGCGGAUCGUCAAGUAAAUCAAAAGCAGGUGCCAAAGCGAAAGCCAAGCAAUACGAGCGUUUGCAGGCACUUAAAAACACAUUUUAUGAACAAUAUGCCACCCAAUACGGACAUGAUCGGUGGUACAAUUCACUUUUACCAGCCCUUCUAGCUCAAACCCGAUAUUCUGCCUUGAUCAACCGGUUUGCUGAUUCGUCCCUAUUACCAGAAGUAUUGGGCUCAGUCCAAGGAGAUCUUGAGCGCGUGGACUAUGUGUCAGUUCCUUGUCUUACGGUGAAGACAACGGUCCCUGAAGGUGGUGCGACGGAGAAGAAGAAGGAACCCCUCCCAUUUCCUUCGCCUAGCAAAGAUAUGACCAACCUAACUAAUUAUUAUCUCUUGGAUGCUGCCUCCGUCCUGGCCACCGAGGCACUGGACAUUGAACCGGGUCAUGUUGUGCUGGACAUGUGCUCUGCCCCCGGUGGUAAAUCCAUUGCUCUUUGUCAACGACUUUUCACCGGCGGAACCAAACAGACCAGCAUCUUACAUUGUAACGAGAUCUCUCCCGAACGGAGAAAGCGUCUACGCAAUGUACUCAAAGAUUACCUCCCAGCUCCUCUGGUAGAGAUAUCGCCACAGGGGGGUGAGAGCGUGAAGGUGACUGGAUUCGAUGCUACCAAAUCGCACACUUUUACACCUGAAUUUUACGAUAGAGUGAUGAUUGAUGCGCCUUGUUCAAGUGAGCGACAUCUCUUGCAUGACAUUAGCAAGGCAGAGGAAAGCGGUAAUUUUACCAUCUUAGACGAGUUUUUGAAAUGGACGCCGGGCCAUAGCAAGACCAUGGCAGCUCGACAAGUUCAACUUGUCCUACGAGGACUAGAGGCAUUAUGCUUUGGUGGAACGCUGUUGUACGCUACAUGCUCAUUGAGUGACGUGGAAAACGAUGGUGUCAUUGCUCAAGUACUGAAAGAACUCAAAAAGCGGCAAAAGAAAGGAAAGGACACGUUUGCAUGCGAAGUGCUCAAGUUCAAGAAGAAACGAUUUCCCAUUGGUGAAAAGACAAAAUACGGGUGGAUCUGUCUACCUGAUGUUAGCGACGGUUGGGGACCUCUUUUCUUUGCUGUCCUAAGCAAAACCGAACUUGAUGAGGACGACGAUUGAAUGAAAUAAAAACGCUUUCCACCGUUCUCCAGGUAGAGGACAGCCAAUUUCUGUAAUAUUAGAACAUAUUGGAAAUCGUUAGAAAUCCAUUAGAAAUCAAGUCGACUGGAGUUAUGGGGGUUGACGUGUCUGCCGAACGUUGUAUUCCCAAACAGGCGUUCCUCGUCAGGGCCAUGAAAAGUCGGUGCACU